CGGGUUGUUUUCAUUGGUAUAACAGUUUGGCAAGAGCAUUUUCCGGGUAUUUUAUUCAAUUUCUCCGCAAAAAUUAGUCUUACUGAUAGUGAGAUAUUUGUAAUAUCUAUAAGUUAAAGAGAAUAAAAUUUAAAGUGAGAAAUGACGCAAUCCACUCCUGUGAAUCAAUCCACGCUCCUGCCGCUUGAACUUGUGGACAAGUGCAUUGGUUCCCGGAUUCAUAUAAUUAUGAAGAAUGAUAAAGAAAUGGUGGGAACUCUGCUUGGUUUUGAUGACUUCGUCAAUAUGUUGCUUGAAGACGUGACUGAAUAUGAAAACACGCCGGAAGGACGAAGAAUAACUAAAUUGGAUCAGAUUCUACUCAAUGGGAAUAACAUUACGAUGCUGGUGCCUGGUGGAGAUAUGCCUGAUUCCUCAUCAGCGUCGUAAAUCAGAAGCCACAGCACUAAAUCAUCAUUUCUACGACAUUUCUUCCGGAUUUUCCCUGUACUCUGAGAAAUAAAUCGAGGAUUUUCCUCUGGAUUUUCGUAAA